UAUUAAAUCAAUCGUACAAAUUAAAUCAAUCAACGAUCGACCAUGGCGUCCCUCCAAGCUACCUUCGCCCUCGGAGCCCAGAGACGGAGCCACGUCCGCCUCUCGCCGGCGAACACUAUUGUUCUCCGGCCAACUUCUCAUCUUUUCAGACGUCGCCUUUGCUCAUCGUCGUCGUCGGUUGCCUCCUGCAUCCCUCGCGAAGGAUCGAUCAACGGAAAGGCGGCGGCGGCGGCGGGGCUGCAGGCACUGGCCGUGGCUGCGGCUUGCGCGGUGGGUGCUUCCGUUUGCCUGUCGAGGGCAGCAGUGAUAUCUAACGUAUCCCCGUUAAGGAAGCCAGAUUCCAUACCCACAUGGACGGCGCCGGCGAGCGCGGGAGAAGAGCGCAGGACGGUCAGGACUGGGAAGACGCCGCUUUUACUAGACGAGAUCAUGUUCAGGAGGAAGGGGCCAGGAACAGAGUGCGAGGAUCCUUGCAAAAAGCUCAUCAAUCAUGCUUUUGCCAUUCUUCCAUCACCAUGGGACGACCAAUUUCGUUUGCUGGAACAGAUAUCAAAGGGUAAAAUAACUGAUUUAAAUAGAGGAAAACACGAAGAAUAUGAAAUACAAAUUGCGAUGGUGCAGUUAUACUUGGCCAUGCACCAGUAUCAUGAUGCGAAAGAAGUCUUGCAGUCGCUGGAGGGCAUUGAAAGCGACGCCAGAAUUGAUCGUCUCCAGGCUGUUGUCCAUGUGAUGUUGGCCAUGGAGAAAAUGUUGAGGAAAGCCACCACGACAAAGGAGGAGGAUAAAGAAAUAAAGGACUUACUCGAUAGUGCCAAGGAGUCGUGGAAAAAAUUUGAAAAGAAUAAGGACUUACAGAAUGAGCCAGAGACUAACGAUGACAAUUGUUGAAAUGUUGGGAGUGCUCGAUUAGAGUUUAGGGAGAAUUUACUUCGAGCUUCCAUUAGCAAACGUCUCUUAUAUCUUGUAACUUGGAAAUGUUUGAUAAUAACAAAUGUCCUUUUCAUGUUGUUGCGUAUGACUAUUAGCUCGAGUUCUUCGACAUUU